AUGUCAGAAAACGGGAGAGUGUGUCAGAGUCCCGGCGACUCAUCUCUGCUUAUAAAGCUCCCUAUCAUCUCUCCCACUCGGCUUUGCAUUUGUUUCUUCCAAAAGGAUAAGGUAAGUAAUAAAGGCUGAGAAACGGCGAUCGAAUCGCGACUUCCUUUUUCGUUUUUCGUUUCUCCGAGUAGAGAGAGAGAGAGUGGUUAGGUGAUUUGAUUCGCCCAAAGCGUACGAUAGCAACCACUGGCAGCCAUCUGGCGUGCCCCUGCUUCUUCUCCUCUUCCUCAUCAAACGAGGUACACACCUCUGGCAUGAAAUUCUCUCACCUUUCCUAAACAAAAACCAUCUCUCUCUCUCUCUCUCUCUCUCUCUCUGUGCUGUGGGUGAGAAGUUAACAAAGAACUACCAGAAAUGCUACACUGUCUUCAAAAGCAAGAGAAUGAAGCUGGAAACAGCACAGACUUCACAGUCUUAGAAAAGCAGAGAAAUCAUCUAAAAUGGCAGCAACAUCAAUCCCAGCAGCAGAGCUACUUCCUAGCCGACUCACAUCUCAACUCCUUGAAUCUCCCUAACACCCAACAACCCCUCGAGUCUUUCCCUUCUCAAACUUCAUUCCAAGACUUCUCUCCACUCUCCUCUAAGACCGUCGCCUCUCUUGAAAAUGGUUGGCCUGAUUUCGCCAAGUGCCCGCUCCCUGUCCCUCCCGCCCAAUUCGCCACCGCUGGAUUCUCUGCUUCCCGCGGACUCGACUUUUCCCUCUCCAGGACGUCCAGCUGCCCGCCUGUGGUCGCCGGGAAUGUUCAGGCAGAUGUUGUAGCGACUGAUGAGAAACCGGGAAAUUCCUUUACGCGGGAGAAGAUGGCCUCUCCUGUUGGGAAAGAGAGCUUCAAGAAGCGGAAAGCCGAUAAUAAGGGGCACAGCCCAAAGGCUAAUUUUAGUGAAGAUACAAGAGACAAGAGAAACAAAGUAGAUGAAAAUGAGGGGGUGUCCAAGGCCACAGAACAGAACGACAACAACAACAACAACAACAAUAACAACAAUGGAGAAACUUCUGCUGAGACGUCGAAAGAGAAUUCUAAGGUCUCUGAGGUUCAGAAGCCUGACUACAUCCAUGUUCGGGCACGCCGAGGCCAGGCCACCGACAGUCAUAGCUUGGCAGAGAGAGUGAGAAGGGAGAAAAUCAGCGAAAGGAUGAAAUAUCUCCAGGAUUUAGUCCCUGGAUGCAACAAGAUCACAGGAAAGGCUGGAAUGCUCGAUGAAAUUAUCAACUAUGUUCAAUCUCUUCAGAGACAAGUAGAGUUCUUGUCCAUGAAACUUGCCGCUGUGAAUCCAAGGCUUGACUUCAACAUUGACAACUUCUUCACAAAAGAGAUGUUCCCGGGUUGCAGUGGAAGCUUGCCAGCAGUUGGAAUGUCAACAGAACUGGCAAAUCCAUCAUACCUUCAGUUUAACCCAGUGCAGCAAGCUGUUGCAUGUUGUGGAUUGGAUAUGUCGAUAAAUCCUCCUGAUAUGUCACUCCGCAGAACUACUAGCGCUCCUGUAUCUUUGCCCGAUACAUUCAUGGACUCUUACUUUCAUGCCCAUGGAUCUUCUUCAACUUGGGACAUUGAUCUGCAAACUCUUUACAAUGCAGAGUUCCAUCAAGGAAGACAAUCUGCCUUUCCAUCUCAACAAUUUAAUGGCAACCUUGAAGCUAACAAUCUCAAGACAGAGAUGUGAUCCUAGAUAUAUAUUCAGUUCUUGUUGGAGCGAUUCCCAGUUGCAGGAGAGAGGCUGAUUCUUUUCUAAGUACAUGUAUAUGUGUAUCCAUACUUGUAUUCUAGUAAUAAUAACAAGAAAUACAUAUUAACCAUGAAUCUUACUUGUUUGUGCAUUGUAUAACACUAAGUCCACGCUGUAUUAGAAGAACCAGAAUGAUCUCAACCUUCUUCCA